AUGAGACAAACUAUCUACUUGUUAUUGUUGAUUUUAUUCAUUAAUCAAUGUUCAAGUCAAAAGGGUUUUCCAAAACAAUUUCAAGCAACAUUAAAUAUAACUAGUUUACAGUCAUAUCCACUACCAACCCUAGGUUGUCAACAAUUAUUGUAUGAUUACACAAAUUCAAGAGUUCGCUUUGAUAUCAAAGGCUGGUUUAUGAAACAAAAUGAAACUUAUAUGGUUCAAUACAAACCCAAAGGUGCCGAAGCAGAUACACCGCCUUCAAAGGGUUAUACAAUGUUCAACUUCAAUCCCGAUUAUCCAGAACGAACAAAGAACAAUUGUUGGUACAGAACCAAUCCAAUGAAAGACGCAGGCCCAUUUCCAAUUGAAUGGUAUGGUGAUGGUUUAAGUAUCCGUGAAAUUCAACGAUGGUUUCCACUACCGUCGGAUCUAAUCAAUAAGGGCGAAGAAUGGGUACCAGAAAUUCAAGGCUAUGCAGUGAGAUAUGAUUCGCCAGAAAUGUGCGAUUUAAAAAAAUCUGGAAUUGGUCUAGUUCCUUGUUUAAGUUAUUUUGAACAACCUGAUAGACCAGUAAAAAGUAUUGAAGCCCAUGUUGGCCGAGGGGCUUACGAUUACGAUGAAUAUUUAACUACAGUAUAUCUAACAUUUACAAAUGAUAUUACACCAGAAGCCGAACAUUUGUUCGAUUUACCUGCUCAGUGGCCUGCAUACUGUGGCAAUGCGGAUACCGGAUUUAGUGUAGAACCCUUUCGUAAUUUUGUGGUUACUCCUGAUGGUCAAGAUAAUUUAAAGUUAACUUUACAAACACCACCAGUUCAUGCACCUACUGACCGAGUUACAAUUGAAUUUAAAGUACGACCAAAUUAUUUCUACAAUGGCACGCGAUGUGCUGAAUUUAGUAAAGUCGUUUUUGAUAAAACAAAUUGGCAAGUACCACAACAAAUUACCAUGUCAUUUGUUGAUUACGGCUGUUGCUCAUAUGCAAUUACUGCAAAUGGUGGUGGAUACGACUGGCAAUACAUAAUCCCUACAGUUGUUGUCUAUGCCUGUGAUGGAGAAGCCGGUGUAGCUUGCAAAGGCAAAUAUAAAUGUGAGAAAUGA